CUCAGUCUUCUCUCAGCGCUCCGGAGUCACUCCGGUUCGAUAGCGGUGGGAGCAGCAUCCAACCCCUGAGAAGAAAAUCUGACAGCAUCCAAAGCAGCUUCCAGCUUCCCCAAGUGGUCACCGCGGCGUGGUGGCACCAUGUUCGUUGCCAAAGGGGCUUGGACAUUGGUGGCCCCAGGACAACUUCCUGCCCACAUCCCUCCUGCCCCAGGACCAUCCCUGGAGCCAUCCCUCCCCACCCACCAGCUCAACAUCCCCGCUUCCCCACCUCAUCCCAGCCCUCACCGCUGCUCCGACUGCGGCAAAACCUUCGCCGCCCGCUCCCGCCUGGCUGUUCACCGACGUGUGCACACAGGUGAGCGACCUUUCUCCUGCCCCCACUGCCCCAAACGUUUCAGCCAGAGCUCAGCACUGGGUUUGCACCUCCGUCUUCACACCGGCGAGCGACCUCACGUCUGCUCCGACUGCGGCAAAGCCUUCGCCGUCUCCUCACACCUGGCUGUUCACCGACGUGUGCACACCGGAGAGCGGCCCUUCGCCUGCCCCCACUGCCCCAAACGUUUCAGCCAGAGCUCAGCGCUGGCUCUGCACCGCCGUGGACACACCGGGGAAAGGCCUCACGCCUGCACUGACUGUGGCAAAGCCUUUGCUGUGGCCUCACACCUCACAGCUCACCGCCGCAUCCACACCGGGGAGAAGCCAUUUCCGUGCCCACGAUGUGGGAAGUGCUUCAGGCAGCGCUCCGGACUCGUCACGCAUCAGCGGGGACACAAGUAGGAUUGGGGAUGUCA